AUGCUGGCGUCGACACUCACUCUUCCAACCAGCAGAGAGAGGAAGAAGAAGAAGCAGAAGAAGAAAAGAAAAAAAGAGCGAAAAGAUCGAGUGCACACAACGAGUGACUUCGGUGCGAGACAAGAGAAGAGGGUGGAGGAGGAGGAGGAGGAGGAGGAGGAGAGGGUAAAGAGGGAGGGUAGAGCAGAGAGUCGAGACGGGGAGAGCGAAGAAAAGGGAAAAAAGGGCGGCAAAGGACAAGCAAGAAUAAGAAAAGAAAAGAAGCAAAAAAGGUGA